UUAUAUGUUAUCACUUUAUUGGUGAAGAUAAAAAAUAAUAUUAUAGUUAAAAAUAAAAAAGUUGGUUUUAGAAUGGAAGAACCUCUUAUAAAAGAUUUACCAGACCGAUUAUGUUGGUAUAUAGCUUUUACACUUGAUAAAACAUCCAAACCAAACUGGAAAACGUUAAUAAGUAAAAUUCAGAAUAAUCUUUAUGACAGUAAAACAAUAAAUAAGUUUUAUAUGGAAGUGCUUUCCCCCCAUGGUAGUCCAAGCAUGAAACUACUUGAAGAUUUAGGUCGUAAAAACAAAACAGUGUCUCAACUUGUAACAUGGCUUGAGUGCUUUGUAGAAUGGAAUGAAUUAGUUUCUCUUUUAAAUCGUGCUAAAAAAAACGAGAUUUAUCCGCUUAUAUUAAGACAAUUUCCUGAAGAAAGUGUUUUUGUAGGAAACGAAAUAACACUAAGUGUAGAAGCAAGCGGAGAACCUCCAUUAUAUUUUCAAUGGUUUAAAGGCGAAAAAAAGUUGGAUGGUGAAACAAAAUCGGUGUUGCAAAUUUCUCCGAUUUGCCCAGAAAGUGUUGGAAACUAUAUUUGUCGAGUAUGGAAUCAAUUUGGUUUUGUUUUUAGUAAAUGGAUAAAAGUUUUCGAUGGAGUACAUCUUUCAAACUUGCCAACAAUUACAACACACCCUAGAUCAUCUUCAUUUGAAAAUGGUGGCACACUACGUUUAUACAGCGAUGCUGUUGGUAACCCACCUCCAAUGUUUCAAUGGUUUUUCAACGGAAAAUGUUUAAUUGGACAUUGCGGGCGUGAUUUAGUAAUUGAGCGAGCAACCAUAGAUAAUGAAGGGUUAUAUCAAAUGCAAGCGUCUAAUAAAUAUGGAACUGUAACAUCGUUAUCCUCUAAUGUAGUUUGUUUAAAAUCGUCGAGCAACAGCUUGCUAGAGGGUAGAGGAGUUCCAUCUUUAACUAGCAUUGAUACAAAAGUUGCGCCAUCGAAUUUACCUUCUCAAAAGGUAGCACUUUUAAUUGGCAAUGGUGAAUAUUAUCAAGAAGAAAAAUUAGGCAAACUUGUUCACCCAAUUAACGAUGUGCAUGAGAUUGCCGAAACAUUAACGACAAUUGGAUUUAAAGUUGUCUCACUUGUCAAUCUUGACCUUUUCGCGAUGAAAAGAGCAAUUGAUUUUUUUUAUGAACAGUUAGAUUCUGGAACAUACGGUUUAUUUUAUUUUGCAGGUCACGGUUUUGAAGUUAAUAAUGAAGUUUAUUUAAUGCCUGUAGAUGCAACCGAGAAUUUCUCUGUUGAUGAAAACAUUCCUAUUUCAAGAAUUUUAAGAACUCUUGCUAUUAAACAUGCUAAACUGAGUGUGCUGCUUAUUGAUUGUUGUCGAUCAAAACCAGAAUACAAUCAGCCUUGCAUCAGUAACCCGCUUCCUAAACUUUUAGAUACGACAUCCGAUUCAAUGCUACCACACACAAUUCAAGAUAAAAAUGUUAUAAUUGGAUUUGGAUGCUGUUCUCAGAGCCGAGUGAUGGAGUCACCAGUUAUGAAUAAUGGUUUUUAUGCUAAGUAUCUUAAAGAAUACAUUAUUAAGCCAAUUAAAGUAGACGAUAUGUUAUAUGAAGUUGCUCGGUGCAUCGACUCGUCAAACAUUAUUGAUCCAUCGAGUGGAAAAAAACAAGUUAUGUAUAGACACAGUACAGUUGUUGAAGAACUGAAGUUGACAGAUGAAGUGCUUCCUUCAAGGUUUCAAACACGUUUAUCUAACUUGUGGAAACUAGCGCAUAUUGCACCAGAAUCACCAAUAACAAUUUUACAGAAUAACUCUGUUACCAUAAAAUUAAGUUUUACUGCUGAGUUUUCAAAUGUAUUAUUAAUCCAUAGCGUUGUAGAAAAUCACAACAUAAAUGAAUAUUGUGAUGUAAAGUUCAUUUUGCCUCACAAGAUUGGAGGGGCUCCAGUUAAGAUUGCUCGAAUAUGCAACUUGGGUAGUGUUUUGGAAUUUGUAAGAAUAUCAAACUUAGAACGGUUAGAAGGUGACAUAAGUAUACAUUUGAACGUAACUUAUGAAAGUUUUGGGGUUACAAAACAAUAUCUUACUUCUUACUCUCUUAAGGAAAAACCGUUGUAUGCAAAAGUAGCUUAAACUACAGCAGGGUAAAAUGUAUAUAUAUAUAUAUAUAU